CAAAGCUCUCCCCCACCCUCUCUCCUCCCACAGGCGGCCGCCGCCGCGAGGUCCUCCGACCUCCGCCGCCGGGGAUCUGCCAUGACACGCCACCACCACCCCUCCUCCUCCUCCGCACCUCCACCCCCACCGCCGCCUCCUCCCCCACCAUCCAACCAGCCGCUGUUCUUCCCGCCUCCGCCGCCGUCGUUCAAACACCCGUUGGCGAGGGCGGCGGCGCCGCUCUACAAGCAGCACUCCUGGUCGCCGGACAUAUACCGGGACGAGGCGUGGCUGAGGCGGAAGAAGAGCAGCAGGAACCGCCGUAGCAAGAGCGUGACGGACGAGGACGUCGACGAGCUCAAGGCUUGCAUCGAGCUGGGAUUCGGAUUCGAUUCCCCCGAGGUCGAUCGUCGGCUCUCCAACACCCUGCCGGCGCUGGGGCUGUACUACGCUGUCAACAAGCACUACAACGACUCCGUCUCCAAGUCGUUCACGGAGACGCCGUCUUCGCACACGGCGUCAUCCGACUGCGAACCGGACUCGCCGUCUCCCGUCGGCAGCCCGGCCCGCGCCAUCUUCGGCCCAGGGGAGAAUCCUCAGACGGUGAAGACGCGGCUGCGGCAGUGGGCGCAGGUGGUGGCUUGUUCGGUCCGGCAAUUCUCAGGCUCCAGCAGCUGACGGCGGUGGAGUCGAUGAAAGCGGUAAUCGGAAGCAUCGAAAACGCGUCCAACUUGUUUGACAAAAUGCGUGAAAGAAGCAAGGGGCAGGAAAAUCAAAAAAGGUGGAGAAGGAAUCCUUUCGGCGCACCAAUUGUUCGUUGCGUUAGCUUUCGGCCGUCGCACCUAAUGGGAUUGAUUGACUUUUUUCUCUUUUCCUUUCUGUAACUUUUGUUUUCAGACCUAAUUCUCUCUUUCUCUGAUUUUGGAAUUUGCUGUUUGUCUAGGGCGACUCUUCCCCUAUUUCCUGGUAGUUGUUUUUGCCCCUCAUUUUGCUGCUCGCUUGUUCAAAUUUAGAGGGGGUUUUACUUUACUUACAAUGUAGUCACCGUUACAUCUGAAAAACUUUCAUGUGAAAAAAAUAUAUAUAUGCAUAGUGUAUCAAUUCCUUUCCAG